UGGAAAAGUGUCCAAGUUGUGGAGCUCCUCAGCAGAGAAUCCCCCCGCAGUGUGCCGGGGGGAGGCUCCCGUUCACCGCCCUCUCCAUCUCCCUCCAUCCCAAACAUGCAGGAGCGGGCAGACCGGCACUGAGCGGGGCAGAUGUGGCUCGGGACAUAUAUCCGGCAGCGAUGGUUUGAUCAGAGGGCUGGUGAAGUUUAAUUUUCCUUUGACAGCGAAAUCAGAUUCUCGGCGCUGGCUUGAAGCAGAAUCUUGCGCGGGGAACCGGCCCAGAAGACCUGAUUUAACAUGAAUUCUGUGUCCACAAGCAAGGAGCGAGCUGCCUUUGCAAGGAAUCGGAAGCACGCGGGGUCGGCGGAGAGUUAUUCUCCCACAAAACUGGCAAGUUUCGCCCCAGAAAUCUGGUCCAGGAAAGGAUUUCAGAUGUACGAGGAUUCCCGGGUUGCACACCGACCCGCCCCGGAGGGAGCCGGCUCGGUGCCGGGCUCGGGCACCGCUUCACCCGCCUCCAGCACCGGUUCUCCCGGUUCGUCCGGCGGCUCGCCGGGGUCUUUGGCCGGGUCAUCUCCAGGGUCGUCGGGGACGGGCUCCCCGGGUUCAGGCACCGGUUCUCUGGGCUCGGGAGGCUCGGACGAUAAAGGGAUUUGGUGCGAGAAUUGCAACACCAGGCUGGUGGAACUCAAGAGGCAGGCGUUGAAAAUGAUGGUCCCGGGCGCCUUUCCCAGUAAGGACCCGGCUUUCUCGGCGCUGAUCCACGACAAGCUGCAGGUGCCCAACACCACCCGCAAGGCCUGGAACGACCGUGACAACCGGUGUGACAUCUGCGCCACCCACCUGAACCAGCUGAAGCAGGAGGCCAUUCAGAUGGUGCAGACGCUGGAGCAGUUCGACCCCUGCCCUGGCUCGCCCCCCCCGCUCUCCAACAUCCCCUCGCUGGUGGGCUCGCGCAACAUCGGCACCCUGCCCGCCCCCCGCGACUGGCCCUUUGUCCCGGCUGCCUACGGCUCCACCACCUCUUAUGGCGGCUUCCUCAGCAACAAGCACGCGGGCAAGCCCAACUCACUGGGCCUCGGGGCCGGGGCAGAGAAGAAGGGCAGCACAUCCGGACACCCAGGCACCAAAGUGGGGCUGCACAUGCCCACCAGCCCCAGCAACGGCAACAUCCUCAGCACCGUCGCCAUCCAAGCCCACCAGUACCUGGAGGGGGCCUGGUCUGUGUCCCGGUCCAAUGGUGUCACCCUCUACCCCUACCCGAUAUCCCAGCUGAUGUCCGAGAACUGCCGGGAAGGAUUGACCGAGGCUGUCCUGAACCGUUACAACUCAGACAAGCCAUCGGUGUACAGCUUCCCAAGCUCCCAGAGCACCUUCGUGACGAGUGUGGCUUCGAGUGGGACCUCAGCUGCAGCCUCGUUCUUUGUCAGAGCCGCCCAGAAACUCAACCUGUCUUCCAAGAAGAAGAAGCACCACCGGCCUCCUGCCCCGAAUGUGUCUGAGCCCCCACCAUUCCCGACCAACUUCAGCGGCAUCCUGCAGACAUCCUCGCCCCCAGCGCCACCGUGCCUGUUACGGGCCAUUGGCAAGGUGAAGGACAAUCCUGGGAUAGGCAAGGUGAAGGUCAUGUUGCGGAUCUGUCCCGCCUCGGUGGGGGACUUGUCUGAAUCAAGCUGCUUCUUCAAAGUGGACCCUCGUAAGAAGCAGAUCACCCUGUACGACCCUCCGGUCAAUGGGCUGCAGAACUCCUCCCAGAAGAGAGGCUGUCUGGUGCCGCCAAAGAUGUUUGCCUUCGAUGCCGUCUUCCCACAGGACUCUUCACAGGCUGAAGUUUGUGCAGGGACUGUGGCAGAAGUCAUUCAGUCCGUGGUGAAUGGGGCGGAUGGCUGCGUCUUCUGCUUUGGCCACACCAAACUAGGGAAGUCCUACACGAUGAUUGGGAGAGACGACUCCAUGCAGAACCUGGGUAUCAUCCCCUGCGCCAUCUCCUGGCUUUUCAAACUGAUUAACGAGAGGAAGGAGAAGACAGGGGCUCGAUUCUCAGUCCGGGUCUCGGCAGUCGAAGUGUGGGGGAAGGAAGAAAACCUGAAGGACCUGCUGUCUGAGGUGGCCACAGGUAGUCUGCAGGACGGCCAGUCUCCCGGAGUCUACCUUUGUGAGGACCCGAUCUGUGGCAUGCAGCUCCAGAACCAGAGCGAACUCCGCGCGCCAACGGCGGAGAAGGCAGCCUUCUUCCUGGACGCCGCCAUUGCUUCCCGCCGCAGCAGCCGCUCCGGGUGCGACGAGGAGGAGCUGCGCAACUCCCACAUGCUCUUCACCCUGCACAUCUACCAGUACCGCAUGGAGAAGAACGGCAAGGCCGGAAUGUCAGGAGGUCGCAGUCGCUUACACCUCAUCGACCUGGGAAGCUGCGUCAAGGUUCUGAGCAAAAGUCGGGAGGGCGGCUCUGGGCUCUGCCUCUCUCUGUCCGCACUGGGGAACGUCAUCCUGGCUCUUGUUAACGGCACCAAGCACAUCCCCUACAAGGAGAGCAAACUCACCAUGCUGCUGCGAGAGUCCCUGGGCAACCUGAACUGCCGGACCACCAUGAUUGCCCACAUCUCGUCCUCCUCCAGCCACUACUCCGAGACCCUGUCCACCAUCCAGAUCGCCUCCAGGGUGCUCCGCAUGAAGAAGAAGAAGACAAAGUACACCUCCAGCUCAUCGGGGGGCGAGAGCUCCUGCGAAGAAGGAAGAAUGCGGCGACCGACCCAGCUGCGGCCCUUCCACCCGCGGGCUGCCGGUGACCCGGACCUCCCUAUCUUAAACCUGGCGGGCGAGCCCGACUACUCCUCAAGCAGCGAGCAGUCAUGCGACACGGUGAUUUACGUGGGCCCCAACGGCACUGCCCUGUCUGACAAGGAGCUGACGGACAAUGAGGGCCCGCCGGAGUUCGUCCCCAUCAUCCCCUCACUGCAGAAGAACAGGAAGGAGGCGGGGCCGGAGGGAGGGGCAGAGAGGGACUGCCUGAAGUGCAACACCUUCGCCGAGCUGCAGGAGAGGCUCGAGUGCAUCGACGGCAGUGAGGAGCCCAGCAAGUUCCCAUUUGAGGAGGGGCCCGGCACCGACGCCCCCACCAGGCACGAGGAGGCCGACGCCCGACAGCCGGGGCCGGACCCCGCUGCCCCUCAGCAUCCCAGCAAGGAGAGCUCCGAGGAGACCGCCCGGACUAGACCACAGGCUGGCCCAGCUCUGGCGACCAGCCCCUCGGCGCCUUCCUCCCCUGGAGCCAGCGGCCCCCAGCCCAGCCCGCCGAGAGGCCAGGCCCCCAGCGCCCAGGGUGCUAAGGAGGGCGCGGAGCCCAAGCCGAGGCCCAUGGGCUCCCCAAGGCUGGGGGUGGCCAGCCUCUCGAAGACGGCGGACUACAAGCCCCAGCACUCGCCCUCCCAGCGCUGCAAGGUGUACACCCAGAAGGGCUCCCUGCCCAGCCCCGCCCCACCUCCACCACAACCCCAGCCUGAGACCCGGGCCUCCCCGGUGGGGAUGAGCCCGCAGGCGGCGAAGAAAUCAGGGGGGCCGUCGGCGGAUCGCCCCCAGGGAGAGCCGGAGGUGAUGGUGCAGCAGAGGCCGCUGGAGCUGAACGGGGAGGACGAGCUGGUCUUCACCCUGGUGGAGGAGCUGACCAUCAGUGGUGUUCUGGCCGGCGGCAGGCCCACCAGCAUCAUCAGCUUCAACAGCGACUGCUCCGUGCAGGCCCUGCCUUCGGGCUCCAGGCCCGUCAGCAUCAUCAGCAGCCUGAACGAGGAGCUGGAGUGCGGCGGCGUCCCCGGCCCCCUCUCCGAGCUCAGCCUGGCCCAGUUCCUGCCUUUCCCCAAACCGGGCCUGGAUGGGAAGGCACUGGUCUCGGCCAGCCGCCGCUCCUCCAUCAGCUCCUGGCUAAGCGAGAUGAGCAUGGGCAGUGAUGGGGAGCAGUCGUGCCACAGCUUCGUGGCGCAGAGCUGCCGGGGCGACGGCGAGGCUCUGGCCGAUCCCUCAAUGCUGGAGGCAGCUGGGGAUCUCCCAGACGAGUGCCUGGCCUACGUACGGAGUGGAAAGUACUCCAUCAUGGACCGGUUCUUGGGCCUGCAGGAGAAGGGGGCUGAGACCAAGAGCCUUUACCAGGUGGCGGCCAAUCACCACUGCAAGAUUGGCGCUCUGGGGAAGGCCACCGGGCGCAUCGCCAACGCAGCAAGCCUGGCCGACUACCAGGGCUGCUUCCCCCUCCAGACCGACUCCCUGGAGCAACCCUGCGUCCAGCUGAAGACAGUUCACCCAGCCAAGGAGAGCGGGAGCACCCAGGACCCUCCCACCCGGGCCUCCGACGCCAAGCUGGAGGGCGACCAGGCCUCGAGGGGGGUGAGCUUCGAGGACCCCUGGCUGAAGCGGGAGGUGGAGGAAGAGGAGGAGGAAGAGGAGGAGGAAGACGAGGGAGAGUCCAGGCCGGACGGGAGCCGGGGCGCAGAGCCCGACCAGGAUAAGAAUCAGGGCUGGGCGGAGACCGGAGAUUGGCCCGGCAGGAGGAUGGCGGAUGGCUGCGAGACGUCGCUUAGCCCCUCCCCCAGCCAGGCCUCUGUCCUCUCAGUGGAGGGCAGCAGGGCUGGGAGCCGGGCCCCGGCCAUGCCCAGUCGCCACGACGACGAUGCGAAGACCCCGGCCCCACCCGGUCACCACAGCGACGACGCCGAGGCCCAGGCCCUGCCUGUUCGCCAUGACCAGGCCCAGGGCCUGCCCGGUUGCCAUGACGAUGAUGAGACCCUGGCCCCUCCCAGUCGCCAGGAUGACACCGAGGCCCCGGCCCUGAGGGCCCCCUGCCCGGGCACAGAGGGCGGGGCCUCCCCCUCACAGGCUACCACUCCCUGUAGUCCCAGAACCACCCUGGAGCGGCGGCUGGGCUCCCCAAAGCACGGGGUGCUGCCCAGGCCCAAGGGGAUGCCCCCACUGCCUCCCGUCCGCAAGUCCAGCCUGGACCAGAGGAACAGGGCCAGCCCCCAGCACCUGCCCUCCGGCCCGGUGCAGGCCAGUGCCCCGGACGACUGGAGUCCCCAGGCCAAGGCCAAGGCCUCCUCCGUCCCAGAUGCCAGCAGCAAGGGGAGCAGUGGGAAGGGCGAACUGCCCGGCUCCCGGGCCAACUCCCUGAACCGGAGGUAUGCCGGCCAGUACGACUGCCUGUCCCUGGAGCGGGUGGGCAGCCUGGCCUCCGUGGGCUCGAAACUCGGCGUGGGACGGGACAGCACCUUGCCCAGGGCCAGCCGGAGCCUGAACCGGGCCGGCGUCCCCUCGCCCACCCACCCGGGACCCCCGCUGCCGGUGGCGCCCGGCUCCUCCCCAAAGCCCGGCCCGUCCAAGAUGUCGGCCGUCAGCAAGCUGCUGCUGGCCGGCCCCAAGUCCCGCAGCCUGUCGGCCUCCAGCACCAAGACCCUCAGCUUCUCCACCAAGUCGCUGCCCCAGUCGGUGGGCCGCAGCCCCAGCAUGCCCUCCAACUCCAAGAACAUGUCCUGGUCUACCCAGUCGCUCAGCAGCAAGCAGGGCCGGGCCUCCAGCCUCGUGGCCAAGCUCCCGCUGCGCGCCGUCAACGGGCGCAUUUCCGAGUUGCUGCAGGGGAGCGGCGGCCUGUGGGCCCAGCACCCGCCCACGGGGGGCGGCGGCGAGCCAGACGGCCAACCCACCGACAAGGCCACGGCCCCCCAGGCCUUGCCCUCACCCUACAGCAAGAUCACACCCCCCCGCAAGCCCCACCGCUGCAGCAGCGGGCACGCCAGCGACAACAGCAGCGUCCUGAGUGGCGAGCUGCCCCCGGCCAUGGGCAAGACCACCCUCUUCUACCACAGCGGGGGCAGCAGUGGCUACGAGAGCAUGAUGAGGGACAGCGAGGCCACGGGCAGCGCCUCCUCCGCUCAGGACUCCACCAGUGAGAAUGGCAACUCCGCCUCCGGACGCUGCAGGAGCCUGAAGUCCCCGAAGAAAAGGACAAACACAGGUUCCCAGAGGCGGCGCCUCCUGCCCGGCCUGUCCACUGAGGCCGCACCUCCGGCCAGGAAACCUGCCGCCACCUCGAGUCUGCGCUGGGUGGACCUCCGGCCUGUGCAGAGGGGGAUGGCAGAACCCUUCGAGAUCAAGGUCUACGAGAUAGAUGACGUGGAGCGGCUGCAAAGGAGGAGGGCAGUGGACAACAAGCUGCGGGGAUUUAUCUGUUUCAACGCAAAGCUGAAAAUCUUGGAGAAUCGGCAACAGAGGAUUUCAGAGGUCAAAACCAAAUACAACGUGUUGAUGCAGGAGCUGGAGGCGACCAAACAGCGGUUGAUGCUGGAGCCUAGUAAAUGGAUCAGUGAGUUUGACCUGGACCAAGGUUUCGAGGUGGAUUCCUUGGAAUACCUGGAGGCCCUAGAGUGCGUCACAGAGCGACUGGAACACCGGGUCAACUUCUGCAAAGCUCACCUCAUGAUGAUCACGUGUUUCGACAUCGCCUGUGGGAGGCGUUAACGGGCGGGGGGAAAGGGAGGGGGAGGUUGCGAUUGGCGAGCAAGUGCAUGGACAGACGAGGAGGAAGGAAACAAAACACCCAAAGAUAACAGGAAGAUGACGAGUGGAAGCGCAAAGUGUGGAGCACGUACACAAAGAGUUUUAUCUUUUUCCCCACAACGGAAUGUAAAAAAGAAAGAAGAGAACGAGAGAUGAAUAUUGGAGUGUGAGAAUGUCUUCUUUCAUCAGACUGGUAGAGCACUUUCAGGAACUUUGGCUAUGUUGUAUAUAUGAAUGGCUUGCUCCACUUCCCUUUUCUUCAGAGUGUGGGGAUGGGCAUGGAAUGAAGGGCUGUUUCUGAGGAGCUCAAAACAAUAUACAAAGGACUACAAGUGCCUUGUAAACUUUAUUAUAUUAUCCAAAAUCUUACAUGGACUCAUUAUUGUACAGUCGUUGGUUGAUGAUACAUAUUUCGCUGUACGGUUAUAGAGGCAGUAUCCAUUUUGUAGACCAAACUCAAACCUACACACCAUUCCUGUUUAUAUCCAUCAGCAUUCUCACCAAACCAGGGAGGGUACAAAAAAAUUGACGCAGAGUGGGAGGGGAGAAUGCUUGUGAUAUCACGUUUUCUUCUGGGCCCAUGGAAGAGUAUUUGGUAACGUUUUGAACCAAUUUUGAAUGAUGUUUCAUGGUACUUUUUUUAUAUAAAGAUAUGGCUGAUUGUAAAGGGUAUUGUUGUGUGGAUUUGAGUUUUAAAAUCCAGUAGAUUUUCAUUGAACAAGAAAUAAAAGGGUAAUGUUUCAGUAAAGGAUGAACUCAAAGGUUGUUUUACUAGGUGUUUUAACUACUUGCUGUUUUUAAGUAACUUGUAUCUAUAGAGUAGAUCAGUAGUCAGGAAGCAGCACAUUAUUAACGUGACUGUCGUUUACUAACAGUGAAUGAGCCACUCGGAGGCACAGUGAUGCCUCUCUGGCAGACGGAUUCCUCCCCCAAGCCUCGGAGUAGAAAUGAAGCACAUCAGAUUCGAAAGCACAUGAGCACUUCCCCUCCUUAUUGACUGUAGUCAGGGGGAUAAUUGUAAACACGUUCAUGCACACACCGCAGCUUACAGGUGGACUCUGCAAAUACAGGUGACACGUGUUUGUGAUGUUCUUGGUUUAAUCUUCCCACCUCCUUCAUGGGAACAGGGUAAUAAAUCCCUUGAGCCUGCUCUGGUGCAGAUUCUGGUUCCACCUUGAUUUGCCCUUGUUAUUGGCAUAUCUUUGGUUAACAUUACCCAACAAACACAGAUGGCAGUCAUACAGCACAGAAACAGGCCCUUCGGCCCACCCUGUUCAUGCUGACUAUCUAUGCCGACUGUACUAAUCCCACUGCCCAGCACCUGGUCCAUAGCCAACUAUGCCUUGGUGAUACAAGUGCUUGUCCAGUGUGCUGCAGAAAUUCCUUCCCCCAAGCAACGCAGCCAAACGCACAACAUAAGCGGAUCUGCAGACUUCCCUCCACUUCCGAUACUGGGUUCCCUUCACUGCAGCCGAACGUUGGAGGUGGCAAGUAGUGACACGUUCUGCAUGACCAGUGAAUUUGUGUGGCUGAAAUCUCCCAGGAGUAACGCUUUACCCAAGAUGCAGCUUUUCUCCUUGUUACCAAGACUGCAACUUGAAAUCUGUCCCCUGCCAGUAAAUUCUCCGAUAAAGACUUCAGUUUUGGUCAGGUCCCUAACUAAACCUGUUAUCACCUGGCACUACCACUCAUUAUACUCCACACUGUGGAAACACAAUGCACUUCAAACUAAGACAAGCCCUGAUGGACCAUCCACCAAAUCACUACAUGGGAAACACCACUGAACUCAUUUCACCAGCUUACUUUUCCAAGAGAUAAACAGGGCACCAAAUUGUCACUUCUAAACUAAAAGUAACUUUUUACUUUCCAUUUAUUCUUUCAGAGGGUAUCAAAACUUAGUAUCUUUUCUAUGAAUCAUCUGCAGAUAUGACAACAUGAUCCCAAUUAUCAGGUCCAACCCCAGACCAAUCUCCAAUGUGCUCACCUCCACUCCCCAGGAUAACUAACUCGACCUCCCUGCCCAUUGUCACAUUCCCCCUGCCCAAAUAUAUCCACCAUUUCAAGCCAAAUCCAGCAAAUUACACCAUCCCUAGUCACCUAGUAACUAGAGCCCACCUCAUCUUAGAGAGACUGCCAUUUAAAAGUGAAGUCUUGAGCUAUGUGACACAAGGAGGACUGCAGAUACAGAGAAGUUGUGGUGAAAUUAUCUCACUGUUUAAGAACGCUAUAUCCUUUUGCUAUUAUGCAGCAAUGGAUUGCGUAGAAAGAAUUAUUUUAUGGAAUAAAGUUGGUGACAGCCACGUGACCAAGAAGACUGGAUGGGAGAAACGGUACAUUUACAGCUCAGAUUUGCCAUUAGACCUGCCAAACAGGUCACUGAGGUUACACAUAAUUCUAUGCACACUGGUUCAUCGGUUUUACGGUGGGGGCUAAUCACUUUAUUGCAGUUUUGUUCCACAAAGAACACAAUUAAGAGAGCAAACAGGGUUCGGAAGAAAGCUAAUCAUUGCCAGAGGGCAUCAACACCUGUUCCUGGAGGUAGCAAGGGCUAUCUGGGUGACUUCCAAUAGCCCAUGGGUAGUCAUGCAUUCAAAUAAUGAUCAAGAUUGACGUUCUGACUGAGAGGCAUGUUACUUCCGGGUGGCCUUUCCCAAAGUUGUUCAUUAUAUUUUGCGGAUAUUUGUCUCUUUAAUGGUGCUUAAAGCAGUUUCACCUCUAAAUGUCUACACGUCCUCUCUCUCUCUCUUUUGCCUACACUCAGAACUGCUGCCAACUAACACAUCUUUGUCAUGUUAUGUAUGAAGGACAUAAUUUAUUUAUGAACUCAGGAUGCUCUUGUUUUAUAAAGUUGCUUGUAUUUUGUAAUUUAUUUACACAUCAUGAUAAGAAAGCGAACAAAUGCUAUCUAUGCAUUGUUAUGUACAGUCACCUAAUUCACACCUUAAGGUUUGGUUUUCUUUGCAUUGUAAUCUUGGACAUCUCUUGUCAGAACAAUUGAAGCUUGCUGUUUACCUAACCCCUUGUAUAAAAUGUGUACGAUAGUCAA